UAUAAAUGGCAUCUUUUAAAAUAAGUAAAAGUUAAGAGCAAAAAUAUGAAUAAAAAAUAAAAAAAUCCCUUUAAAAUGGCUUCAAACGGAUAUGAUGCCAAUUCUGGCGCCAAAAUUUCAUUUUUAGAUUCCCUGGGACCUGUUCACCCUGGUGGAAUAAAAAAUCUGACAAAACUUCAAAAACUCGUUCGACUUUGCCAGUAUGGAGUCAUUGGAAGCCUGGAGCAUUUCUUCACUUGGUAUGGGGAGAAGGUCGCUUGUAAUCCAAGGACAGCUAUAGCAGCGUGUAUUCUUGCAACUUUUCUGGGAGGUCUAGGACUUAUCAGGUUUUACGAAGAGGGAGAUGCGGCUUCUCUUGUUAUUCCUCGUAAUUCAAAAUUUAGGAAUGAUAUCGACUGGUUGGAUAACAAUUUCCCCCAAGAAAUUCGAGUUCACAGAAUAAUUUAUGAGGCUGAUAAUGUGCUGACACCAACUGUGAUAAAAGCAAUUUACAAACAAAGAAAAGAUCUUGAAAAACUUACAAUGCAGGAUAAAACAUUCAAGGAUAUGUGUAUAAAAGUUCCAAUUUUAAAGUUUCCAGAAAAUCUCCAGCUUACCGAUCCAACAGUUACCAAUAUACCAAAUAAAGAAGAUGAAGACUGGGGGUUUGACGAUGAAUUUGAAAAAGAUGGUCUACCCACUAUAAG